AUGGUGAAACCGAAUGAGACGAGAGUUGCUGAAGUUGUGAAAGCUGAGGAUGACUCUACUAAAGGGAACAAAUUCUUAAAGAACAGUAGAUAUGAAUUGGAAGUUCAUAUACAUAACCAAGAUAUAGGAACACAUACGAAACCUCCGGAAUCUCUGAUCCUGUACUCAGACACAACCUCUUUAAGUGCAAUAGCAGAGGAUCGUUUCUUUGCAGAACAGGAAUCAUUAAAGACGUCUUCACCCAUUCAAGAGGACCUACAAACCAACAUUAAUCCGGCUAAGAACAAGGUUCUAAAGGUAUUUGAAACUUCUACGACGGAAUUCACGAAAACUGACAUCGCCUACACUGAUACGUCUGCUGCCACAGUGCCAGAACUUGUCAUUACAGAGCCUCCAACAGAAGUAUAUACAAAACCGCAUCUAGUUGCCAAUGCGGAGUACUACGAUCUCGUCAAGCCCAAUCCCGAGACCCCAAGGAAGCGGCCCCAUGAGUACUGGUGGGGAUGGUACGUCAACUUUUUAAUCCAUUUUUCUGUCUUCUAA